AUGGACUCCAAAGACUGCGAGACGACUACAAAGAGCGCAACACCGAAACCCACAUCAGCACUAGCAAUGCCGGAUGCAGACCCAGACCUACCAGUAUACUACGACUCUGAGCCAUCGAGCCAGCCGCCACAGUAUGAAAAUGCUGCAGUCCGCGCAUCAGUCAAGCUGCAAAAUGCUACGCACCCACAGGCAUACCACACAAACAGUGGUGCCCCAGCAUCAACAGUUGCAGCCCUCCUUGCCGACCCGGAGCCCGAAAGCAAGGAGAAGAGAUCACUGCGCGAGCGAUGGAAAGACUGGAAAGAGAGGAACUUUCAUGACGACGGUCAUUUGGACCGAAACUGGGAUGUGCGCGGGAGCUCCACGCAAUGGGGCGUCCUAGGUGCGAGCGUCAAAGGAUUCGAGAACGAGAAGAGUAGGCGGUUGAGGUAG